AUGAGAUCAACUAGAAGGCCAAACACAGCAUUACCUAAUAUAAAUAGACCCAAAUCAUCCGCUCAAACUGUUCAAAUGAGCGAUGUUCAAAAACUUAAGCUUAAAAUCCAAAAAAUGGAUUUAGAUAAAAGACAAAUGAGAUCAAAGACACAGAGAAUGAAGCAAAUUUUGCAAGAAAGGAAUGCAGAAAUCGAUUUAGUAUUUAAAGAAGUAAAUGAAAAGAACUCCAUUAAAACAGCAAGUAAAGAAACAAUUGCUCAAUUAAAGAAAAACGUUUCAUCACUCGAAAACACAUUAGAAGCCCGCAAAAAAGAUUUACAAGAUAUAAUGUUUAAUGAUAGGCUCGCUCUGUCUGAUGAAUUACAGCAAGAGAUCAAAAUUUACUAUUUAGAACACGAACGUCUCAAAAAACAAUCUAAAGCUGUCGCUGAUGGUGAAGGCAUAGUUAAAUCCGAACUCGAAAGGCUACAAAGGGAACUUUCGGAAAAGUCGUUAAAUUAUAAGGCAAUUCAGAAUUUAGAAGGAGAUUUCAGAACUGUUGUUGACAAAAUCGUUUCCUACAAAAGUUCCGAACUUCGUAUACGUAAUGAUAACCUUGCAAACUUUUUGGCUUCUCAUCCGAAUAAAUUAAAUUCUAAAGAGAAAGAAGUACAACAAGAAAUCGAUCAAACAAGAGAAGAAAUAAAUACACUCAAAGAAGAGACUUCAAAGAUCGAAGAAAGCGAAGAUCAAAUGAUUAAAGAAUUUGAAGAAAUUAUUACACAACAGAAGCAAAGAAUCAAAGAACAGAUUAAGAUAAUGCAUAUGGAAGAUGGAACGUAUGAAGAAGAGGAAGAAAUCGUUGAAUUUAAUGAAGAGGAAAUGGAAGAAGAACAACCACAAGAAAACCAACAAAAUGGUGAAGAAGAGGAACAAAUGAAUAAUGGAGAACAAAAUAAUGAAAAUGAAAAGAAGAAUGAAGAGGAAGAAAGUUAUGAAACUUCUGAAAUUACAAAUAACGAACAAAAAUUAAAUGAAUCCUCAAUUCCAAUGACAAAAGGAUACGAAGAUGAGAACACUUUUGAUAACCCGAUCAAGAAUGUCCUUGAAAACGCCUUUGAAACAUCGAAAGAAAAUGCAGAAAUUCAUGACAACCAAGAAGAAGAAAAGAAAGAAAAUCCAAACGAAGAAGAAAAUCUUGAGAACUCAGGUAACGAAGAACCACAAGAAAAAGCAGAAAAUAAAAAUUCAAAUGAAAAUCCUGAGACAAAGAACGAAGAAAACAAUGAAAAGAAGGAAGAUGAGAAUCAAGAAGACGGGAAAUCCGAGAAACCAGAGGAGAACAACUCACUUUUCAGUCCAAUUAAGAAUGCAUUGGGAGAUGGAGUCAUUGAUAACAACAAUGAGGACAAACAAGACGAAUCAAAGCAAGGCGACAACAAAGAUGGCCAAGAUCAGGAUCAACAGACUCAAAAUAAAGAUAAUUCAGCAAAUCCAAACGAAGAAAAGGGAGAAAGUGAGCUGAAACAAGAUGAAAAGACAUCAGAUAAGCCAAAUGAUGAAGCCCAGACUAAUAGCAGCAAGGUUGAAAGCACUCACGAAGUUAAUUUCGAUGAAAACGAUGAAGAUAAACCAGAACAAGAGGAUGGAAAGCAAGCUUUAUUAGAUUUAUCAAAUAAAGUGAAAGAAAAGUUAACAUUACGCCUUGGAGAGGAUAACAAAACAUUCCUAACUAAUAGUGCUACUUCUGGAGAGCAAAAUCAAAAUUAA